AUGGAAACUCAAGAAAUAUCACAUAAGAAUAAUGACGACAAUAAAGUUGAAGAAGAAAUACCACAUAAUGAUAAUAAUGACGAUAAAGUUGAAGAAGUAAAUGAUACUAACGAGGAUGCUAAAAUAGUUGAUGAAAAUAGCAAUAAAAGCAUAACUGAGGAUACUGGAGGAGAAGCUGUUGAGGACCAAACUAAUGCGAUGAUGACGAAGUUUAUGAUCCUUAAAUAUCGUGUUGAACGUGCCGUACAAAAAUACAAAGCCACCAGAAUGUUUGAUGGUACAUCUAACCAGAUUUUAAGUUCUUACUUUCAUUUUGGUGGCAUUGCUGAAGAUACAACACUAUGCGCUUCGGAAGAUGAUCCAAUGAUACCUGAUGACAUGGAGGUAGAUUUUACAUAUAACGUCAAAGUUUAUCUGUCAAGUUACAUUAUGAAUGAAACUGGAUACGUGAAAGAAGACGCAUUUCGAGAAGCACCCAUAGUUAUCGAAUCAUUCUUGAAUUAUUUGGUCAGAAGACAAGUAUGCCCCGAGUACUUGGAGGAUAUACAACAAGCAAUAAAAGUUGCUCAAUUAGCUAAGGAUGAGCUUUUGAAUUGUAAAUUGUUGACACAGGAUGCUCCUGGAAAGUUCAAUAAAUCAU